AUCUCUCUCUCUCUCUCUCUCUCUCUCUCUCUCGCUGUCAGGGCAUACAAAAACUUCCAACAAUUUUGAGUUUGUGGAUUUUGACGACCAUAUAGCAUCGGUUUUGACGUUGGAUCCUGAACCACCGCUCCGUCACUUCUGCACGCUUACCCGAUCCUACAAUCAAACAGUUGAACAGGGACAAACCCAGCUCAGAUUCGCUGCCAUAUCCCCUUUCGACUCUCUCUCUCUCUGCAUAUUUAAUAGAGAAAAAAAAUGGGAUCUUCGAUCCUACCCAUAACCAACAAGUUGCCUUCGCAUUCCUCGUUGGAACAACUAACCCCUUCAUCCAUGCCUGCUUCUGCUUUCACUUCCACGAUGCUACUCAGGGGAGGAGAGGAUGACCCAACGAGCAGUCUUCUUUUUUCUUCGUCGUUUGAAGAUGACACAGCCAUUUCCCAAACGCCCAUCCUCCCUAGGGCCUUAAGCUAUUCGCCUCCCACCACCGCCGCCGCCAACACCAUUAGCCCUAACUGCUUCUACCAGCAGCGGCGGCGGCGGACCGCCAGCGUAAACUCGCUCUGUCCACUCUCCAGGGGCGACGAUCGCCGCCAGUCCUUUGGCCGCGAUGUCGGGCACGCCGCGGCCGAGACGUUCUUGCUGACCCGGUUGAGUUUGAAGCUCUUGAGAUAUCUUGGGGUAGGUUACAGAUGGAUUACAAGAUUUCUUGCCCUUGGUUGUUACUCCUUACUACUUUUCCCAGGUUUUCUUCAAGUUGGAUAUUACUAUUUCUUCUCCAGUCAAGUUCGCAGAAGCAUAGUUUAUGGUGAUCAGCCAAGAAAUAGGCUGGAUCUUUAUCUACCCAAAAAUAGUGAUGGGCCAAAGCCAGUCAUUGCAUUUGUAACUGGUGGAGCCUGGAUUAUUGGUUACAAAGCAUGGGGUUGCCUUUUAGGACAACAGUUAUCAGAAAGAGACAUCAUAGUGGCAUGCAUAGAUUACAGGAAUUUCCCCCAAGGGACCAUGAGUGAUAUGGUAAUGGAUGCAUCUCAAGGUAUCUCAUUUGUGUGCAAAAAUAUUGCUGAAUAUGGAGGGGAUCCUGAUAGGAUUUAUCUGAUGGGACAGUCAGCUGGUGCACAUAUUGCUGCUUGCACAAUCUUGGAGCAGGCAAUUAAAGAAGGCGGUGAGGGAGAAAGCACCUCUUGGAGUGUCUCCCAGAUAAAGGCUUAUUUGGGUUUAUCUGGAGGGUACAAUUUGUUUAAUCUAGUAGAUUACUUCCAUAAUCGAGGUCUGUACCGUUCCAUUUUUUUAAGUAUAAUGGAAGGGGAACAAUCCCUGCGGCAAUUCUCCCCUGAAGUAGUGGUGCAGGAUCCGAACAUUAGAAAUGCUGUUUCUCUCUUACCACCUAUUAUUUUAUUUCAUGGUACUGCAGAUUACUCCAUACCUUCAGAUGCCAGUAAGAAUUUUGCUGAAACUCUUCAAGGAGUUGGGGUAAAAGCCGAGUCAAUUUUGUAUGAAGGAAAGACUCACACAGAUUUGUUUCUUCAGGAUCCCAUGAGAGGUGGUACAGAUAAGAUGUUUGAAGAUUUAUUGGCCAUCAUUCAUGCUGGUGAUGCGGAUGCCCUCGCAAAAGACGCGGUGGCUCCUCCUCGAAGGCGCCUUGUACCUGAAUUUAUGUUGCAGUUGGCUCGCAGGGUCAGCCCGUUCUAAUCAUUGUAUCCCUCAGCUACUAGCCUAAAAGCCCAUAUUUUUUGUCGAUUCACCCUCCUAUUUGUAGAUAUAUCACAGUGAUAAUUGUAUUUCUUCGUUCCACCAUUUCCUUAAGGUAACCCUCAUCUCUCUCUCUCUCUCUCUCUCUCUCUCUGUGUGGAAUUGCGGUUUUGUUUCAGUACAAAGUUACAAACUCAGCAAAGAUGUGUUACUAAUAUGAUUUGUAUGUUGGAUGCCACUUAAAA